CCUCCGCCCGCUUGCCUCGUCCCUGAACAAACUGCAGUUGACCUAAAAUAGCAAUCAAAAUAAGCGGUGGGACCUUUCUCCCUGUCUUCCUGGAGCCAAGCGUAGGCCAGACUCCGUAACCCCUCGCUAAAGUUCUGCAAAGGGGCGCCCCAACUCGACGCUGAUGUGGCGAGGGUCUCUUCUGAAGUUUACGGUGCGACCUCGGCGCGCUGCACGCAGGCGCGCCUGAGGCGGCGUGAGGGGCUAUGCUGAGGCUGCGGAGCGGGGGUUUCUGGUGCGCGGCGCCGGCUCGACCCGGCUGCCUAGGCCUCUUGGCGGGGCUUCGCCGGGCUCCGGGCGCCUCCAGCCUCCACGCCAGUGCCGGCGAGCUGCAGGGCGAGCCGGACAGAUAUGGGGGCGUCUCGGUGCGGCUCGGGCCGCUGGAGCGCCUGGACGCCGCCGCCUUCCAGAGGCGCUUGCAGGCUGCGAUACAGCAAUGGCGAUCAGAAGGCAGAGUAGCUGUGUGGCUGCACAUUCCCAUCCUCCAGAGCCGAUUUAUUGCUCCUGCUGCUUCUCUGGGUUUCUGCUUUCACCAUGCAGAAUCGAAUUCAUCAACUCUGACCCUGUGGCUGGGAGAAGGGCCCAGCAGAUUACCGGGAUAUGCUACCCAUCAAGUAGGAGUUGCAGGAGCUGUAUUUGAUGAAAGUACUAGGAAAAUACUGGUUGUGCAAGACCGAAAUAAACUAAAAAACAUGUGGAAGUUUCCAGGAGGGCUAUCAGAGCCUGGAGAAGACAUUGGAGACACAGCAGUUCGAGAAGUUUUUGAAGAGACAGGUAUAAAAGCAGAAUUCAGGUCCCUCCUCAGUAUUCGACAGCAGCACACCAAUCCAGGAGCUUUUGGGAAGUCAGAUAUGUAUAUCAUCUGCCGCCUCAAGCCACAUUCAUUCACAAUAAACUUUUGCCAACAUGAGUGCUUAAGAUGUGAGUGGAUGGAUCUCAAAGACCUGAUCAGGACUGAAAAUACCACGCCCAUCACCAGCAGAGUGGCUCGGCUGCUGCUAUAUGGACACAGAGAAGGGUUUGACAAGAUCGACCUCUCCAUGGAAGAACUUCCAGCAGUUUACACAGGCCUGUUCUAUAAACUCUAUCACAAGGAACUGCCAGAGAAUUACAAAAUUAUGACAGGAAUAGAUUAAAUUCACAUUUACAUGUUUUUUGAAAAAUUCAAAGUAUACUGUACAUGUAU